AUGACUUUCAAGGAUGUUUAUGAAGCUAGAUCUGCAGUUAACUUUUAUGCACUGGUCAAUAAGAGAGGGCUGGUUUUAAAAAAAAAACAGAUAGAACGAGGGCUAGUUACAAAUGUCAGGAGGGUUGCCCCUUUAGCUUUCAAGAAUCCUAGGGCUGAUCAGAAUACUUUAGCUCAGUUGUUUAAGAAAAAGGUUCAAUGCAAUCCUAAGUACAAGGUGAAAGACUUGAGAAGGGAGUUGGAGAAUAAUUUUGAUUUAAAUGUGACUAAGGCUAAGCUCAAAAGGGCUAAGUUGUUAGCUCUUCAGAAGUUAGAGGGCAGUUUUGUUGAUGAUUACAAGAAACUUGAGGCUUAUGGGCAAGAAGUUAGACAAUCUAAUCCUGGCACUGAUGUUGUGAUAAAUAUAUCAAGAAGUGCUCUUGAAGAAGGUAAAAGAAAAUUUUUGAGGAUGUACAUAUGCUUCAAUGCAUUAAAAAAGGGUUGGAAAGGUGGGUUGAGACCAUUGAUAGGAGUUGAUGGUACAUUUCUGAAGGGUAGAUAUAAGGAUCAGAUGUUAGUGGCCCUUGCUCAAGACUCCAUGAAACAAUUUUAUCCCCUUGCUUGGGUUGUGGUAGACAAAGAAACAACCAUGACUUGGACUUGGUUUUUUGAGUGUUUGAAGAUGUCUUUGGAACUAAAAGAUGGACUAGGGGUGACUUUCAUCUCAGAUAUGCAAAAGGGAUUGGUUGAUGCUGUGAAGAAUACGUUACCUAACUCUCACCAUAGAUACUGUGUGAGACACAUUGAGGCCAAUUGGCAAAAGAAGUGGAGAAGUGGACAAAUGAAGAAGUUGAUGUGGUGGUGUGCUUGGAGCACUUAUGAAGAAGAGUUCAAAGACCGACUCAAAAAGUUGGGUGAAUUAUCCAAGGAAGAUAAUUAUUCUGCUGCCAAGGAUCUGUUACACUAUCCUCCGCAAUCUUGGUGUAGAGCAUAUUUAGACACUAAGUGUAAAAACAUGAUGGUUGACAAUAAUUUCACCGAGUCAUUUAAUUCAUGGAUUCUUGAAGCUAGAAGAAUGCCAAUCAGCAGGAUGCUGGAGGAAAUUAGGACAAAGGUUAUGAGGUUGUUGGUUAAAAAUGAAGAUGAAAUCAGGAAAUGGGAUGGUGACUUUAGUCCAGAAUCUCUGAAGUUGUAUGAUGACUACAGGGCAAUUGCUCACUACUGCAAGGUUGAGUAUAAUGGUGACUAUGGCUACGAAAUAUCUGAAGGUGAAGAUAGGCAUAUUGUUGAUCUUUCAUAG